AUGACGGAAGCCAACGAUUAUCCAGCUGGUAGAUCAUUUCUGAGCCGCGUCGAUGACUUGGAUGGUUAUCAAGACACACCUGACUACACUGAUUCAGACACCAACCCAAACACCACUGCCAGUAGUGUUGCAGGGGAUUUCCAACCUGAUGGGCGAAAGCGAAGAAUAGAGGCUUCACAACUACGAAAGAGCGUGCUGGGCAAGAAGCAUGGACGUCUGGACGAAUCAAAAGAAAAUGAUUCAAUAAGAAGAUUUCGCUAUCUACUCGGUCUGACAGACUUGUUCCGCCACUUCAUCGACACCAACCCGAACCCGCGCAUCAAGGAGAUUAUGCACGAGAUCGACCGGCAGAACGAAGAGGAUGCUGCUAAAGCUAAGAAGGGUAUCACUCGGAAGGGAGGAGCUGCAGCAAACAAGCGGAAAACCGAACAAGAGGAAGAUGCUGAGUUGCUGCGAGAUGAGAAGCGUGGAGGUGCGGCCCAAACGCUAUUCCGGGACUCACCCGCCUUUAUCCAAGGUGGGGAGAUGAGAGACUAUCAAGUUGCUGGACUGAACUGGCUUGUAUCACUGCACGAAAACGGCAUCUCAGGUAUCCUGGCGGACGAGAUGGGGCUAGGCAAGACGUUGCAGACCAUUGCUUUCCUUGGCUACCUGAGACACAUUUGUGAUAUCAAGGGACCUCAUCUGAUCACGGUACCGAAAUCAACUCUGGAUAACUGGCAUCGAGAGUUCAAGCGAUGGACGCCCGAGGUGGAUGUGCUAGUUCUCCAGGGUGCUAAGGAUGACCGACAUGCUCUGAUCAACGAGCGGUUGAUCGAUGAAAAAUUCGACGUCUGCAUCACCAGCUAUGAAAUGAUCCUCAGGGAGAAAUCUCAUCUAAAGAAAUUCGCAUGGGAGUAUAUUAUUGUCGAUGAGGCUCAUCGAAUCAAGAACGAGGAGUCUUCGCUCGCUCAGAUCAUUCGAAUGUUCAAUUCCCGCAAUCGUCUUCUGAUCACAGGCACACCUCUACAAAACAACCUUCAUGAGCUGUGGGCUCUUCUCAAUUUCCUGCUCCCCGACGUCUUUGGCGACUCAGAAGCCUUCGAUUCGUGGUUUACGAACCAACAAGAAGAUCAAGAUACUGUCGUCCAACAGCUACACAGAGUCUUGAGACCAUUCUUGUUACGUCGCGUCAAAAGCGACGUGGAAAAAAGCUUGCUACCCAAGAAGGAACUGAAUCUCUAUGUCGGCAUGUCAGAAAUGCAAGUCAGGUGGUACCAGAAGAUCCUGGAGAAAGACAUUGACGCUGUCAAUGGUGCCGGAGGCAAGCGAGAGUCAAAGACAAGGUUGUUAAACAUCGUUAUGCAACUUCGAAAAUGCUGCAAUCACCCAUAUCUGUUUGAAGGAGCAGAGCCAGGCCCACCUUACACCACGGACGAGCACCUUAUUGAAAACGCGGGCAAGAUGAAGAUCCUAGACAAGAUUCUGAAACGGAUGAAAGAGCAGGGAAGUCGAGUACUGAUUUUUUCUCAGAUGAGCAGGGUACUUGAUAUUCUAGAAGACUACUGCGUUUUCAGAGGACACCAGUAUUGCCGAAUUGAUGGUUCUACCGCUCAUGAAGAUCGGAUAGCUGCCAUUGACGAGUAUAACAAGCCCGGUUCGGAGAAGUUCGUAUUCUUGCUUACUACACGAGCCGGUGGACUAGGCAUCAAUUUGACUACCGCAGACAUCGUCGUACUCUUCGAUAGCGACUGGAAUCCUCAGGCCGAUUUGCAAGCAAUGGACCGAGCACAUCGUAUUGGUCAGACCAAGCAGGUUAUGGUCUUCAGGUUUGUCACUGAAAAUGCCAUUGAGGAAAAAGUGCUGGAGCGAGCGGCGCAAAAAUUGAGGCUAGACCAGCUUGUUAUUCAGCAGGGACGAGCGCAGCAGCAGGUCAAGAAUGCUGCAUCCAAAGAUGAACUGCUCAACAUGAUCCAACACGGAGCUGAAAAGGUCUUCCAGACGAAAGGCUCAACUGGUAUACUAGACGACAUUGAUGAGAUCCUCAGGCACGGAGAGGAAAGGACAAAAGAGCUAAACGCCAAAUAUGAAAAGCUUGGGAUCGAUGAUUUGCAGAAGUUCUCUUCAGACAAUGCCUAUGAAUGGAACGGCGAAGACUUCACGAAUCGCAAGAAGGAGAUCGGCAUAAGCUGGAUCAACCCAACCAAACGAGAACGUAAGGAGCAAUCAUAUUCCAUGGACAAGUAUUAUCGACAAGCCCUUGCCACUGGUGGACGGACCACGGAGACCAAACCUAAGGUUCCUCGUGCUCCAAAACAGGUUCCAAUUCAUGACUGGCAAUUUUACCCGCCAGAAUUGCAGGAAUUGCAAGACAAGGAGACUGCAUAUUUCCAUAAAGAAAUUGGGUACAAAGCCGUUUUACCCGACGGGCCUGAAGAAGAGCUCAGUGAUCGAGAGGCCGAAAGAGAACUCGAACAACAUCAGAUCGACAACGCGGUACCCCUGACCGAUGCAGAACGAGAACGAAAGGCCGCAAUGUCAGAAGACGGCUUCGGAAAUUGGAAUCGACGCGAUUUCCAGCAAUUCGUCAACGGCUCGGCACGUUAUGGUCGAACGGAUUAUGAAGGCAUUGCCACGGAAGUUGACAGCAAAGAACCAGCAGAGAUCACAGAGUAUGCCAAGGUGUUCUGGAAGCGCUACACUGAAAUCUAUGACUACCCGAAACACAUCAAGUCGAUUGAAGCAGGGGAGGAGAAGUUGCAGAAGAUGAAUCACCAGCGCAAGAUGCUUCGCAAGAAAAUGGAGCUGUACCGCGUCCCGUUGCAACAGCUGAAGAUCAAUUACACUGUUUCCACGACCAAUAAGAAGGUAUACACCGAAGAGGAAGAUCGUUUCUUGCUGGUCAUGCUUGACAGAUACGGAGUCGAUGGUGAAGGUCUCUACGAAAAGAUCCGAGAUGAGAUUCGUGAGAGCCCGUUGUUCCGCUUCGAUUGGUUCUUUUUGAGUCGAACACCGGUGGAGAUUGGACGACGUUGCACCACAUUACUCAACACAGUUGCGAGAGAGUUUGACGGUCCCGAGAAGAUGACGAAUGGUCAUGGCUCUGGACCUGGUAAGGGUAAUCGCCGCGAACGAGAAGAUGAUGAUGUGGAGAAUGAUGAUGAGGUUGCGCCAGUCAAGAAGAAGGCCAAGAAUGGUGUUGUGAACAAACAGAUUAAGGCGGUAAAAGGGGGUGCAGGAAGCAAAACCACAUCGGCGUCUAGUUCUCGAGCGGCGAGUGUGGCCUCAACGGCAGCUAGCAAAGCAAAAGGGAAAAAGAAGUGA